AGACAUGCCGCACACAUUCGCUUUGUUCAACAACUAGGUCAUCGCCUCGAUGCAUUUAUAAUGCGGAAUAUCCUGCAAACCAUAUUGAAAUACAGUGUAGAGGUUUCAGUCAGUCGUGAAAGCAUUAAAAUUAUGUUUUCGCUCUGUGGAUGGCAAGAUAAGCGUGGGACUAGCUUGCCGGCUGGCUGGUAGCCCAGUGUCUUGGAAAGCAUAACUGUCUGGAGAAUACGGGUCACAGGCGGAGAACUAGGUCACGUGUGCUGUCAAGGUGGAGUAUGUCACGUAUUUUCGCCUAGUUUGCAUACUCUGUGUGCGGAAAUUGAACAGAAUUUCGAGCUAAAUAUGGUAGAAGGUUGUAAAGCAGUGUGGAGGAAGGUUGAUCCUGGUGGAGGGGACAUGGAGGAAGACCAGGUGGCAGAGGAAGAAGAUGAGGAGGAGCACCAACAAUCCAAAAUGCUGCAACAGAAGAUGCAUCUGCAGACCAAGCAAAGAGACAAUUUGCAGCAGCACCUUCACGAAGAUCUGCAUCAUGAGCAGCAAGUACAUGUGGACAAAAAGUUAAGCCAAGAACAGAACAUGCAGCGAGAACAGCUGUCACAAAGGGAAAACUUGCUGCAGCAGGAACAGCAGAUACAAAAGGAACGCCAGCUGCAAAGACAGCAGCUGUUGCACCAAGAGUUGCAGUUGCAGCAACAGAGACAUUGGAAGAAUGAACAACAGCUCCUACAGAAGCAGCAUCAGUUGCUGCAACAUGCAAAACUUGAGAAGCAGGAGGAAGAGGAGGAGGACGAAGAGGAGGUCCACCAUCAGCAGGUGACCACCAUGCUGCACAGACAGUCAGCAGCAGAUUCAGUGUCAGGUGCACAACUCGCCACUCCAGGAAGUAAACGUGGCACUCCAUCUCCACAAACUGUAUGGGCACCAGAGUUCGCCUCAGAGCCUCUUUCGACACGGGAUAGCCCCCCUUCAGGUGAUCAAGUGGUGGUCGUAGGAAGAGUCAUAGAAUCUUCCCCUUGCCCUCCACACACUCUGCCAACAACACUGGGCAAUCAGGCAGGGCUGGGCAGUCCUUCUGACCCUAGCACAGUACCCAAAAGUCCUCUGCAGUCAUCCCUCAAGUGUCUAGUGUGUGGUGACAAAUCAUCAGGUGUUCACUAUGGUGUAUUGGCUUGUGAGGGAUGUAAAGGCUUCUUUCGUCGAGCACUGCAAAAUGUUGGGGACCCAGCACGAAAGAAGUGUUUCUACAACAAAAAUUGUGAGAUCAACAUGCAGACACGUAAUCGAUGCCAAUACUGCAGACUGCAGAAGUGUCUUGGGCUUGGCAUGUCCCGAUCAGCUGCCAAACUUGGUCGCCGUUCACGCAAAAUGCGAGAGAUGAUACGCAACAUUGAGGACACCCAGACAGAACAAGCAUUACAUGGACUGUUGAGUCUUAAGGCUGAUUCUGGAUCUCGCUCAGGGAGUCCCUCAACAAGUCCUGGUGUGGUGUCAACCCCAGGGAUGUCUUUGGCAGGAGUAGGAGUCAGCACAGUCAGCACUUCGUCAUCUGCAACCAGCUUGGGGAUUGGGGCUACGAUGGGGGUAGCAAGCAGUAGCAGUUCUGGGACCAAUGCUUUGACCAUAUCUGACCCUGCCACACAAACUUCCAUGGCUGCCCUCUCCAUGCUGCUGAAACAACGCUCCACCAUGGGUCCACUGAUUGGACAGCCAAUGGUGGCAGACCAUUGCAUACCGUCCAUGCAUCGGCAUACACCCUCUGCCCACACAAAUGGACGCUCAGAUGUCAGUGCUGCUGGUGAUUCAGGGUCAGAAGAUGAGAAGCCCUUGAUGUUGAAGGUUGAGCGAAGAGGAAGUGGGGAGGGAAGUCAUAUCCACCAAGGGUUGCCCCCCUCAUCCUCUCCUCAUUCUCCCCACAGCUUGUCUCCUUCGUCAUCAGCAGCGUCGAUGACCCUCAUGUCAAUGGUGGCGGCAACCACAGCCAGCCGGAGUCACGAGGAGUCUGUGGUAGGCUCCAUGCUGCGCUCACCACCACAGCUGCAGUAUACGGUGGCCACUCCACAGUUCCUGGUGAAAAGUGAGGGUGGACAACAUGCUUCGCAGUUUUUACUGAAAAGAGAGAUUAAUCAGGCAGAUAGCAUCAUUAGCACAUCUGUAUUGCCUACAACACUGGCGGCGGCUGCUGCUGCUUCCUCCAGCAAACACCAGCACCUUGGUUCUGGAGGGCAUCUGGCAUUACCCUUGAAUCUUGGCCACCAGCCAUCUGUAAUUGUGCAGAAUGCCUCCCUGGAUUUGCGCAAAAAGUCUGAUGAACAAAUCAGCCGCAGCCCUAUCAAGAAGCGACCGUACAUUCCCAUGUCCAUGGGAGAGAAUGAGAUAGAUGAGAGAGGCGAGGAGCUUGGCCUCAAGCCUUUGCCAGAGGUUAAACAAGCCAAGCAUCGAAAAGGCAGGGAUCAUGGUAGUCAUGCUCACCAUCUGCCCCAGGAGAUGUACCACCCUCUGUCUAUGGCACCAACAUCCAGCAUUGUUCAGCAGUCAGCUGACAGCUUCUCAAGCCGCCAUAACAUAAUUAAAGAGGUGGUCUCACCUUCAUCCUCUCAGUCCCUCAUGGUUGUCACUAAAUCAUCUGCUUCCUCUUCAACAACACCCUAUAAAAAGCAUGAAGAAGAAGCUAAACUGACAGUUCCUUACAUGAUCUCACGUCUACAUGAGUCAUAUGACACCACUUUUACCUUUCUCAAAAUGCGUCUUUUAGAGAUGAAACAGCGACUUCGCGACUAUCAGCAGCAGAACACAAUGGAGCGCAUGAUAGGCAGAAUCAUCUCUGAACAUCUUAAGACUCCAGAUGGAAAGGAAACCAUGACUUCUGGGGAGAUGUGCUGGCAGGGAUUUCAGAUGAGGCUGAACAAGACAAUCCAAGAUGUUGUCAUCUUUGCAAAAAAAUUGCCUGGCUUUCCAGCACUAGAUCAAGAUGACCAAAUUUCCUUGAUUAAAGGAGGCUGCUUUGAGGUUGCUUGUGUGGUGUGUGCUCCCUUUAUUGAUGCGGAGACAAACACAAUAUUCCUUUUGGGUAAUGGUGCCAUCGUUCCACGAGAGGACAUGAAAGUUGGGUUCCUGGGCGAGCAUUUUGUGGAGCUGCUUUUUAACCUCUCAAUCCGCUUCAAUGCCUUCCAGCUGCAUGAUUCUGAAAAAGCACUCUUCUCUGCCCUUGUCCUCAUAUCACCAGAUCGUCCUGGCCUGCGUAACCGUGACAAGGUUAGUCGACUUCAGGAAUUGUUGAUCCAGGCACUGCAGGCUGAAAUCAGCAAUGGGCAUCCAGAUGAAGUGGGCCUUUUCCCACGUCUGCUUAUGAGCAUCUCUAGUCUGCGUGAACUGGGUGUGGAACACCGCCGCAUGCUGGAGUCUCUCAAAGGACAGAUGAACUUCCAGCAUGACCUCUAUGCAGAGACAUUUGACCUUAUUCCUUAACAGCUGGCAGGAUGUUUUUUAGAAUUGUUAGCCUUUACUUCAUGAUGUAGACUAGCCUUCAAGCAUGAUCCUCAAAUAAUAGAUUGCAGCUUAGUUGCAGAUGGCUAAAAAGGACAAUAAGUAAUGAGCAGUGGGACUUUUGGGCAAAAGAUGGAGCUGACAUCUCUCAUGUCUGCAGAUGGCUUUGUUGUCUUGGGUUGAAAACUCGCACAAAAGGAUCUUUAUCUGGAGGAAGAUGUCAGAAAUAUAGUUGCUUUACCACAAAUGCUGUUGAUAAUUCCAGGGAACAGAUGUACAGUGGUAUACAUGUAUUUAUGUUUUUCUUUUAAUUGCAGAAUGCAUAAUCAGAUCCAGAUGUAGUGCAUAAGUGCACAUAUGCAUAUUUUUAUGACCGUAAACAAGUAUGCUUUUGUUUUAAAGGAAGGAGAGGUGAAGCAAGUUAUUCAUUUGUUUGUUUUGAGGGAAGUAUGGCUACAUGGGGAUAUUCUUUCACUGUGCAUUAGGCUCAGGAACAUAGGUUUGGGAGGACCAUCAUGUCUUCAUAUUGUUGGAAAAUAAUUAGAAUAUGAUGGAAGAGGCAAGAAAUGAUUUCCAAUGGUUAAGUUUGAUUUUUAAUAUGUGGAAAGAGUGACUGUGCUGGACAUCUGUCUGCACGAGAAGGUACUGUCAUUUACAAAGUUAUUUUUUAAAGUGUUUGGCAGUGGUACUUACAAUAUUGUAUCCAGGAGUGCCAAGAAAGGUGCAUGACGAGACAGAAUGAGAGAAAGAGAGCAAAAUAUAAUGUCAUAGUUUGCAAGUUUCAGCUCAAACAACAUAACCAUUGGAGUAAUUGAGUAAUGUUUAGUAAUUAAGUCAAACACAUAAGACAACAUAGAUGCUGAAUGUACUUGUCUAAUAUCUUAGACAUUUUCAAAACCCGGUGAAACUUUACAAGAUAAAUACUGUGUAUACUUGUCUUAUUUAUUAAUGAUUUUUGAAUUAAUACUCUUCCUUAUUGCCCCUGAUAUGUUGCAGUGUGUGUUUAAAGAAUGAAAGAGGUGGAUGCUUAAAAUGCUAAAAAAAAGGAUACUAAACAGAUUAGAGCUCUUUUGUAUGUGUAGGCACAUUGGCGCUUGAAACUUGUGCUGUCAAACUGUUGUGAGUCAUAGCUUUGGCCAUAGUCAUACAGUCGGACCUCGAUAAGUCGAACUCAAAGGGGCCUGAAAUUCGACUUACGGAGUUUUCGAGUUAGGGAAAAUGGCGUAAUAGGCUCAGGUAUUUGGCCGGGAACUGAAAAUUAAUUCGAAAUAGGGAGGUUUUCGACUUAGGAAGGUCGACCUAUUGAGGUCCGACUGUACUACUUUUUUUUGUUUUUCUUUUUCUCAAACAAGUCUUGAAAAGAAUGCUAGUGUUUGGUAUAAAAUAGUUUUUUUCCCCUGGUUGCACACUUCAUUUAGUUAUGAGUUGCUUUUAUUUAUUUUUUUUUUAAUGUCGGCUAAAUGUUUCUUUUUCUUAGCAGUUGUUGUCACUUAAGAGGAAGUCUCUGAGCUCCUAUGAAUGCUUCAGGAAGAGUGUUGUAGGAGAAGAUAAACCAUAAAGAUGUAGGAUUUGUGCAUUGUCUUAGUUUUUAUUGUUAUUUUUGGUUGUUUUGUUAGCAAUGUCUCAUUAUCAGGUGCUGCUGGAUUUUUUCCCCCCAGUGAAGUUUAAAACUUCAUGUGUAUCCCAGUGAACCUAUAGCUCACAAAUCAUGGUUGUCUAUGAUAUCAUUGAAGAUCAUUAUACCCACCAACAUUUAUCACAAUAUUUUGUGCAAGAAAUUUCAUGACUUUCAUAUUUAAAUAAUGUUUCUUCUCUUUCGUUAAUUUAAGGAAAUGUUUAGCAGUUUUUAGUGAGAAUCAUUUUGAUUUUACUUUAGAAGUACAAAAUGUAUUUUUCUACAAUCAUUUUGAUGUUUCUGUGCAAAGUAGGGGAACAAAGAUUUUCCAGAUCGUGUGGACUUUUACACAAGUCUAUUUUUUUCUCCAGACCAUUGAAGCAAUUUAGAAUUAUCUAGAAAUAUUUAAAAACUAAUGUCAGGGGUGAUUAUAAUUUUGCAGUAACACUGCACUGAAUGGGUAAAGGGAGUGAAACCUGAGCAUAGCCAAAGAGGGUUGUGGCAUUGCAGGUUCUGACAGUUCUCUGGAGCCUUCUUGUGCCACUGACGUUCACGUUUGAAUGUCGUGGAGCUGAUGCUGUGAUACAUGUGGACAAACUGUGGCUUUCAGAAGGAGCAAUUUAUUUUAUCUUUUGUAUAUUUUUUCCCUAGAAUGUUUUAGCACAAUGAUAGAGCAUACUUUGCCUGCCCUCAUCUGUGCCAUUGCUCUGUGCCUGUUUACAAGUCCUUCCAGCUGAGGCAUGGCAGCAUGCUUUCUGUAAAUACUGGCAAAACAGUUCUUUUGUGAAAAUUGGUGCUUGCACCGGCAUUAGAAUGCUGUAACAGGCAGCAAGUUUGUGAGUGCAGAUAUAUGGGAAUAAGGACAUCAGAUUGUUUCAACAAACUUCUGAAAGACUUUUUUCAAUUUAGAAAUCUAGACUGAAAGAUGUCAUGGAACAUGUGACGAUAGCAAUGAAGUUUUAAAAAUUUAUGCAUUUGUGGAAAAGUAGGAACAUUUAUUGAGGUGAAUAUGCUGCUAUUGGAUACUUCUAGCUAUAGUUGUCUCAGGACAUAAAUAGACAACAAAACAAGUCCUUGACAUAUCCAUCAGACAUAUCCAGCAUGCUGAGGAGAAGAAUAUUCAGAAAAACACUAAAUAACUAAAAAAUCUUAUGGGUGAAUAUGACCAUAUUUUACCUUCUGUCAGAAAAAAUAUAAAUAAUAUAGAUGGAAAUUAUAUUUACAAUUGCAGUGCAAAUUAUAUAGAAGCCUUAAACAUGAGAAAGGCAUUUAUAUAUACUGAGGAAGGGACUAAUAACUGAUAUAUCUUGAGUCUCAUUUUUUUUCACUAACAUCCAAUUAUUAUUUUUUUAGGACUUCUCUAUAUAGAUGUGGGUGUGG